CGCCCGCUCUGCGGGCGGCGGAGCCCGGGACGUUUCCAUUGGUGCGAGGCGAGGGAGGCGGAAGAGCGCGGAUGGAACGUUCGGUCCCGGACGAGACCAUCGGGGCGGGCAGGGGUGCGCCGGAGAAAGUUGCUGCGGAGGAGACCUCGCGCCAUGGCUCCGUGUCCCAAGCUGGUGCUGCUGUUUAGCGGGAAGAGAAAGUCGGGCAAAGAUUUCGUGGCCGAAGAAAUCCAGAGCCGGUUGGGGCUGGAUGUUUGCACCAUCCUCCGCUUAUCCGGGCCUCUGAAAGAGCAAUAUGCGAAGGAACACGGCCUGGAUUUCCAGCGGCUCCUGGACGCCAGCGAUUACAAGGAGAUGUAUCGGCAGGACAUGAUCCGUUGGGGGGAAGAAAGACGCCAGGCCGACCCCGGUUUCUUUUGCCGCAUCGUGGUGGAGGCCGUGACGCAUCCCAUCUGGGUCGUGAGUGACACCCGACGGGCCUCAGACGUGGAGUGGUUUCGAAAUGUCUACGGGGAUCUGGUGCGAGUGGUGCGCGUGGUCGCGACCGAGGAGACCCGGAGGAGGCGGGACUGGGUGUUCGUGGCAGGGAUCGACGACGCCGAAUCCGAGUGCGGGUUGGACCAAGGCGUCCCGUUCGACUGGAUCAUCACCAACGAUGGAGACCAGUUUUCCUUAGAGGCGCAGCUGGAGAAACUGCUCCAGUUUGUCCAGAGCAAGCUGUAGGAAAGGCUGGGCUGCCGUCUCCCCUGCUCCCCCUCCCCGGCUUUUUGGGGGGUGGGGGGGUUAGGCUGGGGUGUGGCUGAAGGACCAAAGGGAUUGGAAGAGGCCGGAGUAGGCCCUUCCCAUGCAGAUGCCCCUGGCAAGCAAGGAUCCGUUAAAAUUUGCUCUAGAGUUAUGAGAAUUUCCUUACUCCCCUGGGAGGGGGAGUCCAUUCCAAAAAGUGCCAUAAUCCAGUGCCGGUUUUUCUCCCCCCCCGCUUUUUUUUUUCCUUCUCCACCAGGCAGGUAUCUUUGGAGGAAUAUUUUUCCCACCCUUGUUGGGUCUCGGUUCCCCUCCCUGCCGGUCUCCAGGUCCGGCGAUGGAAGGGAUAAUGUUUGCCUGGCGUCCCCCCCCACCCCCCUGACCUGCCCGAUUUAGAGGAGUACCCCUUUCCGCCACCAGGGGGCAGAGCGAGCCCAGCCUUUUUAUCC